AAAUCACGAAUGUGGUUCAGUUUCAUUAAGCUGUAACUACUAUAUAUUUGCGAUUAGAUUUCAUAACCAAAAAGUGAGGGAAAUAAAAAUGGCAAAUCUUGUUCUGAAAUUCCCCAACAACUUGAAGAGCUUCUCUGUAUCAGCUUCUGCUUCCUCUAAUGGAUCUCCUCCUGGCGUGCAUCAAUCUAAAGGACCAGUGAUUCUUGAACUUCCCCUCGAUAGAAUUCGGAGACCCCUUAUGCGUACAAGAGCUAAUGACCCCCAAAAGGUGAAGGAACUUAUGGAGAGUAUCAGUGAGAUUGGGCUCCAAGUGCCAAUUGACGUGUUGGAGGUUGAUGGCGAAUACUAAGGUUUUUCGGGUUGUCACCGUUAUGAGGCUCACCAGAAGUUGGGGCUCCCAACUAUCCGUUGCAAAGUUCGUCGGGGGACAAAAGAAACUUUGAGGCAUCACCUACGGUGAGUCUUGUGAAUAUGCCCAGAUCUCUACAUCAACUAGAAUAAGCAGCUCCAUUGCUAGUUGAUCUUUGUUGUAAAUGCAAAGCAACUUGGUUGCUGGGUUUCUUGUAAAAAUACCAAGUUUAUAUAAGUGAAAGUUUGCUUAUGUAUUAAUGUAUUAGAGAGCCAAGAACCAUACAUACUGGUUUAUAUACUUGUGAAAUGGAAAAUUUCUUGUGCAUUUGUAACCA